CCAAAUGAUGACACUUCCAAAAUAUGGGCCCAUCAUUGUGGUAGAACAGAUCUCCUGAUGAAAUCCAAUGAAGAGUUGCAUUUAAAUUAUUAUAUAUGUUCUCAUCAUAUAGAGGAUCAUUAUUAUAUCAGUAAAACAGAUCCUGUCAUAAUAGACCAACAUGCUGUUCCUACAUUGUUUGAAUCACAUACCAUUGUAGAAAAGAAUUCAAAAAACAUCUUUGAUCAAAAUGAACAAACAGAAGUAACUGACAACGUUGUUCUGUCAUACUGUGAUAUGGAUGUUGAAAUAGAUCAAUAUCGUGAUAUUAGUAUUAAAUUUUCAAAUUUAUGUAGAAUAUGUGGAGAACCAACUUUAAAUGGUAUAGAGAUAUUUGCAGCAAAAGGGGUAGAAUUAAAAUUAAGAGAAAAAAUAAGUUUACACCUGCCAAUCACUGUUGAUGUGGAAGAUUUACUACCACAAAAGUUAUGUGUGAAUUGUUAUAACAAAUUGGAAACUGCACAUUUAUUAGUUAUAACUUCUUUAAGAACAGACAUGCGGUUGAAGAGGUUUCUAAACAUUAAUGAAGAACUGAACUAUGAUCAUAGAUAUAAUUCAAUAGCAAAAAAAUGUUUCUUAGAAAUAGCUGAAGAAAUGUGUCCCAGUGAAACAACUGAAGUUACAUCCAUAGAAUUAUCUUCUAACAAAAUUGAAGAAAUUUCUAUGAAUCAAGAAAUCACUGCAAAAUUUAGUCAUUUGGAAAAUAUUAAUACACAAAAAGACAGCUUUGGAAACAGUAUAAGAAAGGAAGUGCAAUCUGAAUUAAAUAGUUUCAUUGAAUCAUACAAUGAAAAAGAUAAAGGACAGAAAUCUACAAAUGGAACUACAAAAAAUUAUGCAAAUAAUCAAAUAGAAAAUAAUGAAAUUCAUUGUGCUUGUUGCAAGGAUACAUUUAAAACAGAGGAAAUGUUUGAAAAUCACAAAAUGUUGUGUGGUGAAGAAGAAAUAAUAGUACAAAAACAAAAAGAAUGUAAUAGUAAUAUAAAUGAUAGAGAGUCUAGUAAUGUAAAAGUAAUGAAUUUUCAAUAUGUUAUGAGGACUUGUAACAUCUGUCAUGAACAUUUCGAAAAUGAAAAACACUUAGCUGAACACAAACUUUCAUACUGUAAACUUCUCCAGGAAGAAUCUUAUGAAGUCUCUAGUAAACCAAAUAUGAAUGAAGAACAGGGUGAUAUUUACAAUGAUUCUUACAACAUUAGUAAUAUUCCACCAAUGGAAACUAAUAAAAAAUGUGGUCAUUGCGAUUCGAUUUAUAAUACUAAGAAAGAAUUAUUAAAUCAUAUUAUCGAAUUUCACGAAGGGCAACUUUUAUUUAAAUGUAUCAUAUGUGAUAGAAGUUAUGAAAAAUGGUCUAGUUUAGACGUACACGAAGCUACUCACAGACUAGAUAAGCCGUAUCUGUGCGAUUUAUGUGGAAAAAGUUUUAAACAUUCCAACAAUCUAAGAGGUCAUAAGAGGACUCAUUUAGACGAUUCGAAAAAGAAGCGACAUAUUUGCGAAAUUUGUGGAAAUGCCUUUAGAUCUAGAUUUCAUUUGGGUGAACAUAUGAACCAACAUAAUGGAAAUAAACCUUAUUCUUGUGAAAAAUGCGGAAAAACUUUUUAUAAAAGAAUACAACUAAGACAGCAUAAACUGUCUCAUGGUUUGAAUAAACACAUCUGUCCAGUAUGUGGUACAGCUUUCAAUCGAAAAGGAAACAUGAAUACACACCUUAAACGGCAUAACAACGGAGAUGGUACAUACACGUGUAGUGUAUGUUUGUUGAGAUGUAAAUCAAUGAGUGAGUUGAAGUUACAUAGGAAAAAGCAUACAGACCAAGAUAUUAUAGAAAGUAUAAGAAGGAAAUGCAAUGAUAAAACUAUAUGGCAAUGUAACACCUGCAAUAGAAUAUUUUCAACACGAGCUAUGUUAUUAAACCAUGAACGCAUACAUAAAGGAGAAAGAAUAAGUGUCGAGUGCAAUAUUUGUGGGAAAAAAUUAGCAAGUAAAAAUUCUUUAAUAUAUCAUAAAAAAUCUAUUCAUUCUUCAGAAAGGCCACACAUGUGUCAAUACUGUGGAGAAUCGUUUGUGUCUAAAGAAGCACGUCUCAUACACGAAAGAAUACACACCGGGGAACGUCCGUACGUUUGCAAAAUAUGCAAAAUGGAGUACAAGUGUUCUAGCAAUCUUAAUCAACACAUGAAAAUCCAUUCCGGUGUUAAACCCUAUAAAUGUACAUAUUGUGAUAAAAGUUUUACGCGUAAGGGUGCUUUAACCGUACACGAGAGAAUUCACACCGGGGAGAAACCAUUUGCUUGUGAAACGUGUGGCAGAACAUUUUCCCAAAAAAAUGACAUGUUAAAACAUACUAAAACACACGAUGCGAAAUCGUUACGUUGCGAACAGUGCGAUGAAAUCUUCACGAAAAAAAAAGAUAUCCUGAAGCAUAUUGUUUUGCACGAACAGAACAAUCCUAUAAUUCAAGAGUACGUGGAAGUACAACAACAAAUAGACUCUUAUACUGUAGAUAUACCAUGUUCUGAAUUAGAAUAA